AUGUUAAGUAAAUGGUCAUUCUUUGCAUCGAAUAGAUUGAUUGAAAUAACUAAUGAAACUGAUAUACCGAAUAUUGAAAAAUUAUUUAAUUUAAAACAUUCGAUUAAAUUAUUGCCAUCAAAUUCGAGUGAUAUUGUAAAUUACGAAUUAUAUCAAUAUGUCUCCACAUCACCAGAUUCUAGUGUAUCUGAUUUUAAAUUUUUCAUAUUAAAUCAAACUCAAUCAAAUAUAGAAGUCCCCACAUUGAUUGGAAUUUUUUCAACUGAUUUGAAAAGUUCUUCUAUACAUAUCGAAUCUCUGUUAAAUUGGUUUAGAUUAUUAGAAAACAAUUCCAAUUCACCAGUGAUUUGGCCAGUUAUGUUGAGUGAUAAUCAAUUAAUGAUUGAUAUUGCGGAUUCCAUUGUUAAAAACAAAUAUUGGGCAACAACAAAAUUUUUGUUUGAUAUUCAAGAUAUUGCUACAACUAAUAAUAAUCUUAGAACGAUUAGUAUUGAAAUAGAUAAUCAAAGUUGUUCAAGACUUUAUAGAAAUCAGAUUGUAAAAGGCAAAAAUGACAACGUAAGUGCAUAUCGAGAUGCUAUCAUUCCAUACAUUUACGAAAAUUCAGGUAUUUUAUUUGAUGCAUUACCUAUCCAUAUGAUAAAUCUUGUAAAUGUGGCAAGAAUUGCCAAGGAUGGACUCUAUCAAGUUCAAGACAAGACACCUUCAAUAGAAACAUUAAUACUUUUAUUAAGUCAUUCACAAAUACCAUAG